AUGAAAUUAAGUUACGUGAAUAAUCCGAUGUACGCACUGUGUCUGCUGGCAGCAGUUUGCGUACGACAACAUGUUCAAAAUGGUAGAGUCCAGCCAUUGACAAAGAGCGUAUCUUUGCAAAAGCCGACGACGGUGUUUAUGAAACCGAACAAAGCUAGCCUGAGGACGGUGAACGACAUACAAGAAGUAAAACCCAAUGUAACACCGAAUACUAGGAGUUAUCCGAAUCUUCAGGAAGCUAACGCGUUGGUGACUUGCGUUCAGAACUACACUAAACGGACGGAAAAGGUUGACGAUAUUCCAAAGAGCUUACCGACAAAGAAAAUAUUCCGCGACUCUGAUUCCUUCUUCCCCUACAAUGUUCCCGAUUGGAUGCUGUUCCUAUUCACGAACAUAGGUGCUAAAUGGUUCGCUUGAUGCAAGACAUGUCGAGCUAAAAGUCAGCUAAAUAGCAUGCGAACGAUUUGAUGGGGAUUGAAGCGGGUUUAGGGGGAAUCCGCGACUGAUCUUUGUCAAUUUCGACGAGCAAGCUCUACAGUGGUUCGAGAAAGGAAAUUGCGGCGAGAUCGUUUAAAUUGAUCGAAUCGUAUGUUACGCGCUCACUAAGGCGCCAACGAGCGCGUUGACAUAGUGUGAAGCGGAAAGCAACGCACGCGCGUGUUGACUACAACCUUUUAUGUAUAAUUGCACGUUGCAACGACA